AUUUGUUUUUAUUACAGCACGUUGCAUGUUCAAAUUUGUAAACAAAACUAUGGAAAAAGAAAAGACCCUAAAAAAACACGGAAACGAAAAUAAUCUUAGAAAUGGAUUUUCAAAAGAUGGACCAAAUUCUGGUAUGAGUUGGAAGGAAUGGAAACAAAAACGAAAAGAAGAAUAUAAGAAAUGGAAACAAGAAAAAAUCUUAAAAAAAGUAGAGAAAGAGAAAGUUAUUCAAAAUGAUAAACAGAAACAAGAUGAAUCUGCUGAUAAGUUACGAAAACUUCAAGAUUAUACUAUUAGUAUUGCUGUGCCUGGCUCGAUUCUGGAUAAUGCCCAGUCUCCUGAAUUAAAAACAUACUUAGCUGGACAAAUUGCUCGUGCUGCUGCUGUGUUUAGAGUAAAUGAAGUUGUUGUGUUUAGUGAAACUGAUCUUGAAAACUUGAAUGAUGAAGAGCUAAAGUUAAAAUUGAGUAAGAAACAUCAUGGUUGUGUGCAGUUGGUUAAGAUAUUACAGUUCUUAGAAUGUCCUCAAUAUCUGCGGAAAUAUUAUUUUCCAAUUCAAAAAGAUUUAGAAUAUGCAGGACUUCUGAACCCUUUAGAUUUGCCUCACCAUCUAAGAGUAGAAGAUGAAUGUAAAUAUAGAGAAGGAAUUGUUUUAAACAAACCUGUGAGAGAAGGGAAAGGUUCUUUUGUGUACAUAGGUUUGAAGAAAACAGCUAUUAUUGACAAAAUUUUAGAACCAAAUGUUAGGGUAACUGUGAAAUUGGAUGAAGAGCAAUCAUCUAAAAAGCAUUUUAAAGGGAAGGCAGUAUCUCCUUCAGUUCCUACUAAAAUGGAUAAUAUUUAUUGGGGAUACAAUGUGCGGUUAGCUAAAGGAUUGAAUGCUGUUUUUUCGGAGUCUCCAUAUAAAGGAGGAUAUGAUCUGACUAUAGGUACUUCUGACAAAGGCAAAAAUGUAGAUACUGUGGAAAUUCCUAAAUUUAAACAUCUUCUAAUUGUGUUUGGAGGACUGAAAGGCUUAGAAAGUUGCUUAGAAGGUGAUGAAACUAUAGAAGCUAGUGAUCCAAGUGACUUAUUCAAUUAUUAUCUCAACACAUGUCCAUCACAAGGCUCGAGAACUAUAAGAACAGAGGAAGCUAUAUUGAUAACAUUAGCAGCUUUGAGGCCAAGAAUUACACAAUCACAAACUGAUUCUUAAUUAAAAAUUAGUUUUUAAAAUACUGCAUGUACAUAGAUAUUGUUGAAACAACAUUCAUGAAAUGUCAUUUUAUAUGUACAGUAUACAUUUUUAUAAAAUUAAAAUAAAAUUUUGUAUAAAUUAAUAGUUUUUAGCUUAUAUAAAAUGCAUGGAAUUGUCAGUUUGAUUGUUCAUUAGGAAAUAAUUAUUCUCCAAAUACUGGUAAUCAAGUAAUUAUUUUUGUCAGUAAUUAUUUCAAGGCGUAAAUAUCAAUUAGAAACUUUACAGGAGAAUAAAAAGCAUUUCAUUAUUAACUUGUGAAUUAAAAUUCUUGGUACUGGCGAAGAUAGCUUAAUCAGCUCCAUCCAACAACCUCAAUAAAGAUCUUUCCGGAGCCUGGAGGCUAAGGUUGGCUUGAGUUUACCUUUCUAAUUAAUACUCUUGGCAUGUCUCAUCUUUUGAACAACAUUGUUUAACACAAUUAAGAAAUCUUUCGAGUUAAGCUGUCAAAGAAUAAAUGAUUACAUCAAUUUCAAAUGGUUAUAACUUCCUUAUAACUAAGAUUGUAUUGUAAUCAAAUGUUUACUUACAAAGAUAUUUAAACUUAUGUAUGCAUACAUAAUAAUUAUGUAUGUCUUCCUUUUAUUACAUGGGAAUAUCCUUGUAAUAGUUCAUUUCGCAACUAUGCAAAGAAUGUUAUGAAAGAGACUAACAUAUCUCAAAAUGCAGAUGCAAUAUCAAGAGAUUUAAAAAUCACAUGUAGAACUUGCGUAUGAGCAUCAAAUGCACACCAAUGCUGCAAAUUACUUUAUAAUGCUUUGUGUAAAAUGGAUUGUUAUGUUGAUGCUGCCUGUGUGACCAAGGGAAGUCACAUUGGUCAGUUAUUAAAAAUUAAACAAAACUUUGAACUUUUCUAUUGAUUCACAUUUUCCUUCUUAUUGUUUAAAAGAAAGUUAUAGCUGUUUGUAAUCGAUGCAACUGUUUUGAAUAACUGUAUUUAUUGCGAGAACAUUCAAAAUUUCAUUAUUUGUUGCCUUUCCUCCAUUUGCUGCUUUGGAACGGAUAUAUUUCAUUUUGUAAAAUUUCUUCCCUUCAUUAACAGUUAGGGAAGCAGAAAAUGUCAUAAUUCAUUAGCACAUAGAGCAAUCAUCUUUACGUUUUGCUAAAGGAAAAACGAUUGUUGUACCCAUCAUCGCGCACUAUCAACUUUAAUUGAUAAAAUACCUCAUGCUUAUUAUUUUUAUAUUCUUUAAAGUUCAUUAAAAUCUAUUAUAUGAA